GGGUACAGUCAACAACAAUGGAGGACUUUGUCCUCGUUGAUUUAUGAUUUUCCAAAAAAAACAACGAAUAUCAACGGAUUUCCAGAACCCCACGUCCUGUUAUUAACAUAAUGGACCUCUUGGACACUGAACUCUACUCAUCGAAGCCACUGCAGUUUGGUAGAGAACUGAAGAAGCAUUUUCCAUUAGAUGCUGACAUUACAUACUGCAAUCACGGAUCAUUUGGAGCAACACCACUCUGUGUUAUACAGGAGCAGCGAAGGAUCCAGGAUGACAUGAACAAGUGGCCAUGUCACUUUACGUGGAGGAAAUCCCUACCUCUGUAUAAGCAGGCAUUAGAACCAUUAGCUGACUUCAUGGGAACAAAAACUAAAAACCUUGUCUUCAUAGCAAAUACAACUACUGGUUUGAACAGUGUACUUAAAUCCUUAAACCUGCGCCCAGGCAGUGCCAUCAUGGGGACUUCACUCACUUACGGUGCAGUUCAGUACGCAAUCCAGGAGACAGUAAGAAUUAAACCAGGUCUCAAAUCUCUAUUUAUGGACAUAAUAUUUCCAAUACAUAGCAAGCAAGAUCUGAUUGAUAGAUUCACAUCCUACCUUGAUGAACAUCCUAAUAUAAAAUUGGCAGUAAUUGACCACAUAACGAGCCCAAGUGCAGUGUUAAUGCCAAUUCAAGAACUUGUAGCGUUGUUCCAUUCACGUGAAAUAUUCGUGGCAGUAGAUGGCGCUCAUGCUGCUGGUCAAGUCCAGGUCAACUUGGAUGAGCUUGAUGCCGAUUUCUACACAUCCUCCAUGCACAAGUGGUUGUUUGCCCCACGAGGAUGUGGGUUUCUAUAUAUCAGCCCGAGACACCAGGGCAAUGUGCAUCCAGCUAUCACCAGCUGGGACUAUGCAGGAAGCGACAUGCACGCAGAGUUCCAAAAGGAGGGAACACGCGAUCAGACGCCGUAUUUUUCUGUGCCAGCAGCUAUCCGAUUCUACCAGGAAAUUGGUGGCUGGGAGACGGUGAGGAAUUACUGCAGACCUUUAGCAGAUGAUGUUGUUGACCUGUUGGUUAAAGCUUGGCAUACUGAGAAGCUUCCUAUACCUAGAGAACUAGAAGCACCAUGUCUGCGUCUCGUCAGAGUACCAUUCAUUGAAGGUUAUCACAGAGCUGACGUGAGUAUAUCCAGGUGUUUGCAUAAUGAAUUUAUGCCAACAAUUUUCAUUUCAUUAUAUUACAAAGUAAAUGAAUAUAUCCUCAUUCAUUUAAAUGUUGUUUUGGAUCCGAUUUCUUCCAAACUAGGACGUCUGUGUAGGGUGCUUGCACAAAAUGAUGCUCGUUGGGAUUAUUUGUAUAUGCAGUUGGGUGAUACUAGUCUAUUAAUGGACAAGACGGAGAGCGACUUGAAACUCCAGGAGCACAUUUUCUUUGAAUAUAAGUUACAACUCAUCAUGAUUUCAUGCCAGGGCAAAUCCUAUGUAAGAGUUGCAACACCAGCUUACACUGACCACAGAGACUUCGAAGAAAUGGCCAGAAUAGUGCUGGAAAUACAAGCAAAGGCAAACGUAUGUCGCAGUAAUGCUAGUACGUAAUAGACAAUAGUCAAGUGGCAUAACAUCUGUGAUAUAAAGCAGCGUGUAAACUUUCCAGUGGUUUAUGGUUAUGAACCAUUUAUGUUGUGGCAAUAUUUAUCUUUUGAAUUUUACAAAAAUAAACUAUUAGUAUAAUAGUGAACAAAUAUAAUGAUAUGAUAUUAUUCUAAAAGAUAUGUUAUACAUUUUUAAAUAAAUUUAUAAAAUUUAUCAAUAAUUAA